ACAAUUGGGAACCAACUCCCCCAAGAGCACGACAUAUCCUCUCCAGAAAUGAAGAAAGGGGGUUGGAAUGCGCUCAAAGAACUUCCCUCGGGAGUAUCCGACGCUUACGCAUUGGGCAUUUUACUAAACUCCGUGUUCAACUUGACCACUACACCUCCUGCGACGGUUCAUCCACCUCAUACGGUACCAACGGCAUCUUCACGCGGGAAUAUCCCAACCAACAUAUUCCCGCUAUUCAAGAAGCUCCUCAACCCAAGCUCGAAACCGCGUCUUACCUGCCAAGCCUUCCUUGAGAUUGGCAUGGGAGAGAGGGCCGGUGUAGAUGGAGUACCAGGGAGAUUCUUUGUAGAUAAUCACCUGGUGCGAGUCUGUAGUCAACUAGAAGGAUUCCCACUUGCAUCGGAUGGCGAGAAGGCUGAGUUCCUUCGGUAA